AGCAAGAUGAAUGCAACGAUCCCACCCAUGCAUGCUGCACUUUCUGUGCUCGGCACUAUGGCUGGCCAGUACAUCGCAUCGCAGGGACAAGCACCUCAAGCCAAACAGCCUGUGCCCGCUAAUGUGUCUACCCAGUUCACCGGAACUGCGACUCUUGCAAUGUGUGACAUUUGUCAAGUCCGUCCCAAGUACUUCGAUGGACAGAAGACGCACUCGUACUGCGGGAAGACCUGCGCGACUGCAGGACAAACCAAGCAUGUUCACAAAAGCAAACCUAAACGAAACAAGACCAGCAAAGCCACCCGCAGAUUAUGCGACCAUUGUCACAAGCAACCCAAGUACAAUGAUGGCACAACGACCCAUUCGUACUGCGGCAAAACCUGCGCACAAAAAGCGAAGGCUGCAGGGGCGUCGGCUGCACAACCUACACAACCAACCAAGUCCGUUCAAUCAUUCUUUCAUCGGGUGUUGACACUACUUACUACCGUUUCUCGAUCCAGUCCAACAACCAAUGGUUGUUUGUUGUGCGGAAGGGCUGUCAAGGGCAAGGGUCACUUCUGCAGUCAGGCGUGCACCUCGAGGGCUGAGAUGAAUGCCCCAGGACUCAUAGAAGUCCCACAAGGACACGAUACGUUCAAGAGCGUCGCUGACCAAUUUAAGGCAUCGUGGAGACAUCAGACUCCAUGCCCGACAGUUCGGAGGGUGCACAAAGUGAUCUCAUCGCCAGCCUCCAUUGCUAAAUACGAGGCAUAUCGUGCUGCUGUCGAGAGUCGCGGCAACUUUGUUGCAGCUGGGCGUUCGGCAGGGAACGAGAACCGUCGCUGGCACGGAACGACCAGGGAAUGCAAUCUAGGCGAUAAUGGCAACUGCGCGUUGUGCCCAUCUCAGACAUGUUCUCUGUGCUGCAUUCUCAAGACGUCUUACAACCUGAAUCUCUUUGGCAAGAAGACUGGCUGGGGCCGGUUUGGUCACGGCAUCUACACUUCGUCGACGUCAUCGAAAUCGAACGACUACUCCACGAAUGUUAAUCCAUCGGUGUUGAAGGCAAUAUUGCUAAACAAAGUGGUUGUUGGCAAAGGUCACAAGAUGACCCAAGACAACACAUCACUGACCGCACCUCCAACUGGUUAUGACUCCGUCCUCGCGGAGGUGGUGAGUGGAGGAUCAUUGAAUUAUGAUGAGCUUGUAUGUUACACGAAUGACGCCAUUCGCCCGUCCUAUAUGGUUAUGUACGAUGCAUGAGAGGAAUAGCACCUUCCGCCCCUCUGCAGACAAGUACAAUGUGUAAUUAUUUAUCUAUUUCUUUCACCCUCAUGCAUUCAAUAGAAACACGUAGACUUGCGCUGGAACAUAAUAGUGUUACGCACCAUGUGUCUUUGCAUGUCAUCACCAAUAGGCUGAUCACUCCACUUAUCCUGUGGUGCAUGGAGGCAACUUGACAUAUCGCUGACUACCAACAAGCAAGAGAAAAAAGUAUAUCGUUGUAUGAGCGGGGGUAAAGGAUGCAAGGAGAUGCGAGCGAGGGUGGCCGUCUAGUAUACUAAGACCUGAUGCAAAGCCGUACUAUAU